AUGGACAGUAUCACCUGGAGCUCCAUGACCAACGCCACUGCCGCACCCGUCGCGCCCCACGAGCGCAUCCGCAAUGCGGCCGACAUCUCUGUCAUCGUCAUCUACUUUGUGGUGGUGAUGGCUGUCGGGCUGUGGGCUAUGUUUUCCACUAAUCGUGGGACUGUUGGAGGCUUCUUCCUGGCAGGACGAAGUAUGGUGUGGUGGCCGAUUGGAGCAUCUCUCUUUGCCAGUAACAUUGGAAGCGGCCACUUUGUGGGGCUGGCUGGGACGGGAGCUGCUGCAGGCAUUGCCAUGGGAGGCUUUGAAUGGAAUGCACUGAUUUGGGUGGUUGUCUUGGGCUGGGUGUUUGUUCCCAUUUACAUUAAGGCUGGGGUGGUGACAAUGCCAGAGUACCUGAAGAAACGAUUUGGAGGCAAGCGGAUCCAGAUCUACCUCUCUAUUCUGUCCCUGUUACUCUACAUUUUCACCAAAAUCUCAGCAGACAUCUUUUCUGGGGCCAUAUUUAUCAACAUGGCCUUGGGUCUGGAUCUGUACCUGGCCAUCUUUCUCUUAUUGGCAAUCACUGGCCUUUACACAAUCACAGGGGGCUUGGCAGCUGUGAUUUACACGGACACUUUGCAGACGGCGAUCAUGCUGGUGGGGUCUUUUAUCCUCACUGGGUUUGCUUUUCACGAAGUGGGAGGGUAUGAUGCCUUCAUGAAAAAGUAUAUGAAAGCCAUUCCAACUGUCGUUACUGCGGAAAACAUCACCAUCAAAGAAGAAUGUUAUACACCAAGAGCUGACUCCUUCCACAUCUUCCGAGAUCCCAUCACAGGAGACCUGCCGUGGCCUGGGCUCAUCUUUGGGUUGUCCAUCCUUGCCCUGUGGUAUUGGUGUACAGAUCAGGUUAUUGUGCAACGCUGCCUCUCAGCCAAAAACAUGUCUCAUGUGAAGGCCGGUUGUAUCUUAUGUGGGUACAUGAAGCUGCUGCCCAUGUUUCUCAUGGUGAUGCCGGGAAUGAUCAGCCGCAUCCUAUACACAGAAAAAGUUGCCUGCACCGUCCCCUCGGAAUGUAAGAAAUAUUGUGGUACUGAGGUUGGCUGUACAAAUGUUGCUUACCCGACGUUGGUGGUGGAGCUCAUGCCCGAUGGACUGAGAGGCCUGAUGCUGUCAGUCAUGUUGGCCUCUCUCAUGAGCUCCUUAACCUCCAUCUUCAAUAGUGCCAGCACCCUCUUCACCAUGGACAUCUACACCAAGAUCCGGAAGGGAGCAUCUGAGAAAGAGCUCAUGAUUGCAGGAAGGUUGUUCAUCCUGGUGCUGAUAGGUAUCAGCAUUGCCUGGGUACCCAUUGUGCAGUCAGCACAAAGUGGGCAGCUCUUCGAUUACAUCCAGUCUAUUACCAGUUACUUGGGACCACCCAUUGCAGCUGUCUUCUUGCUUGCUAUUUUCUGGAAGAGAGCCAAUGAGCCGGGAGCCUUUUGGGGACUGGUCAUAGGAUUUCUGGUUGGGGUGUCCCGUAUGGUGGCUGAAUUUGCCUAUGGAACUGGGAGCUGCAUGCAGCCCAGCAACUGUCCCACGAUUAUCUGUGGUGUGCACUACCUGUACUUUGCCAUCAUCCUCUUUGUCAUAUCUGUCAUCGUCAUCGUGGUUGUCUCUCUCUUCACCAAACCAAUUCCAGAUGUGCAUCUCUACCGCCUGUGUUGGAGCCUGCGCAACAGCAAAGAGGAGCGUAUUGACUUGGAUGCAGGAGAGGAGGACUUUCAAGAAACCCCAGAAGAGACCAUUGAAAUAGAAGUUCCUGAGGAGAAAAAAGGAUGCUUCAGGCGGGCCUAUGACCUAUUUUGUGGCUUGGACCAGCAGAAGGGCCCCAAGAUGACAAAGGAAGAGGAGGAAGCUAUGAAGCUAAAGAUGACAGACACCUCUGAGAAGCCUUUGUGGCGAACAGUAGUGAACAUCAAUGGCAUCAUCUUGCUGUCUGUGGCUGUUUUCUGCCAUGCAUUUUUUGCCUGAGCCCUGCCUUCUGUGGCAGGUUGUAUUCAGGAAGGCCAGACUUUUUACUCUGCCUCCUUUAGUUCUAUUCUGUGGUGUUAAGCUGGUGAUAAAACAGUCAGUUGUAAAUUUUGCCUUGUUGAUAAGUGUGUACUGCUGUAAUUACUGGGCUAACUAAAGAAAAUCAUUAAUUUGCUGUUAACUUAUGUUUUUGAGGCCAGUGUGAUAUCAUCAGCUGUUCAUAUUAGAGCAGCAGAAGGAAAGCCCAACUCAGUCAUGUCCAGGAAAAUGAGCACCAAGAAAGAAGCCCUGCCAUGUGUGAUGCAAGUUUUUCUCAGGUAGAUUCAGAAUGUCAGUGUUGUUUGUGAUUAUUGAAUAUUAUUUUAAGAUUGUGAUCUCCCUGGCUCAUGCUCUUUCCCCUUCAUGACCCUCUGCCCAUCUUUUCUUAAGAAAAAUAUUUAUCCUCUCAUUAUAUCCUUGCCAAGUUUUUCCUGGCACAAGAAAAAUCAAUCUGAUAAACAGAUGAAAUGCAUUGAAGCUGAAGAUGGGAACUUGAUAGGGUCCCUGUCCUGGGUGCUUUGCUCUUUGAAGGGAAAGCUUGAGGAUGGCAGGACUUACCCCAAAUGGAGGAACCCAGGCACCAGCCUUAGGCCAGUAUGGAAAGUGGAUAGUCUUGAGUCAAGGGGAUUUUCUGGCUUUCUUUAAAAUGUCUGUUGUGAGUUCUUUAUGUUUGCGAUUUCACUUGUCAUUUGCUUUGUCUAGAAUGUCUUGGACACUCAGCAAUGCUUAUGGCCCAAAGGAAUGAUUUGGGCACUUACUUAUAAAUACUUGCUUUAUUUUUAUGUAAGCCUGGCCCUUGGUUAAUCUAUGUGUGUAUGUGUGUAUGUGUGUGUGUGUGAGUGUGUGUGUGUGUCUGCACAAAGUACCCAGUACACAUUCUGAUGACUUUCAUCAUUUUCUAGAGGCCACUCUUCCCCACAGCAUGGAUGUUGACAAAUGAGCUUACUGAUCUAUCUCACAUAAUAGAACAAAUGUACCUCUUAGGGCAUCUGUCUUCUCAAAGCAGCCACAUUCUCCUGUAACAUGGUAACAAUUAUCCCAAGACUCUCCUCUCCAUGAGUUCAUGUGACCACAGCCUUUCCUUUUUGGGUGUCUUAAAUGGUGAUCAUCUAUUGACCAAAGUUAGGGUAGGUGGUCUCUGUUCUGAGUGGUAACAUUGAACACUUUCUGUUGACAGAAGUAUAUUUGUUCAACCUAGGGAGACGUUUUAAAAUAUAAUUGUAAUUAAUUAAUUAAAUUCUUUUAGUCCCACCUAUGAAAUCUCAAUUAUGUUGUAAUAUAAACGUUGAAAUUAAGAAAAAUUUACAUUAGUAUUGACAGACUUCAAGCUAGUUUAGGAAAGAGCUGCAAUAUGAGAUUCUGUGUUGCUGAGAGUGCUUUCUAGGCAUAUAAAUGGUUCAACAGACAAAGGGAUGGCUUGUUCUUUUAGAAGGUAGGACACUAUUUGAUACACCCUCCAUAUUGCCCUUAAGUGAGGCACAGAGGAGGCAAACGUGGAGAAUUUCAUGUGGCUGGCAUUACUUAGCAGACUCAGUUUCAUGUGAAGUUUGUGGUAUUUUUGAGCUUUGAGAAGAUAAAGGGAAAGGAUUGAAAGCAGGUGGAUGAAAUGAACACAAAGUAGAUUGUCCUGGAUUAAAUUUCUGGCAUUGCCAAUGAUUCAUGUGUAUAUUGUGGUAAAUUAUUUUACCUCAACUGUGUAUUUUUCUCUUUGAAAAAUGGGGACCUUGGUGCUUAUAGUAUCUACCUACCUCCUCUGGAUGUGACUAGAUCACUUUAUAAAUGGUAUGAAAGAUACAUACCUGAAAGAUGCAAAACAGAUGUUAUAUUAAGCUUCAUUUAGUCCCAUAAAUUAAAAUGCAUUACUUUAAUACUAAUAAAAAACAUUAAAAAAUGUAA